AUGUCUUCUUCUAAUUCAUCAUUCAAUUCCAGAUCGAGAUUUGGUGGAAUGAACAAAAAAUCAAAGGAAUUGAAAUUCGCUUUAAAGAAUGGUGGUGAGCUCGGUGGUAUAAGCAAUGAUGGUAACACUUGCUUUAUGAACUCAGUUAUUCAAUCUUUAGCAUCUUCAAGGCAAUUACUAAAUUUUAUAGAUUCUUAUUUUUAUCAAGAAAUUGAAAUGAAUAAUGGAGAAAAAAUAAUCAAAAUCAAAUCUAAUCAACCUAAUUCUGAAUUAGUUUUCACUCAAGCAUUGAAAAAAUUAUUUGAUGAUGUUAAUGGUAAGUAUGGUAAUCGAGGUAAAGAGUUUAGUACAAAACCAAUCUUAAAUAAAAUGCCAAAUGGUCCAAAGCAAAAUUUCUUCACUGGUUAUAAUCAAGAAGAUGCUCAAGAGUUUUAUCAAUUGGUAAUGGGUUUAGUCGAAACGGAAUAUAAAAAAACUAUUGGUCAAACUGAUAAAAAGAAUAAUUUUAAAAAUGAUGAUGAAAAAUAUUGGGAUAUUAAUCAAAUUCCAAAUUUACUCUCGGGCUGUGAUGAUUUAGGUAAAUUAGGGAAUGUUUAUGUUCCUGCUUCUCAAGUUGAUCCAAAUUUGGUUGAUGCAGAUCAUAAAGUAUUUCCAUUGAAUUUGAUCACUCCUGUUGAUGGGGUGUCAGCCGAAAGGAUUGGUUGCGUUGCAUGUGGCGAAGUUGGUGGUAUUCGAUAUUCUGUCAUUAGUGGUUUAAGUUUAAAUUUGCCUCAAAAGGAGUCAUAUUACUCUAAAUAUACUUUAGAUGGCCUAAUGAAUGAUUGGAUCACUCCGGAAAUCAUCGAAGAUGUUAAUUGUAACAGAUGUGGGUUAAACCAAACUAAAGAGUUUUUGAACAAUAAAAUAGAAGAAUCCACCAAUGAAACCUUGAUCAAAAAUUUCAAGGAAAGAAUUGAGCUCAUCGAUAAUGAAUUGGCUAAAAAUCAUGUGAGUGAUGAAGCUUUCGAAAAAUUAACUACCAAACAAAUGAUAAGGAAGACAAAGAAGUCGAAACAAAUUUUGUUAAGUAGGCCUCCUCCUUUAUUAUCAAUGCAUAUAAAUAGAUCUGUUUUUGAUCCAAGAACUUACAUGAUUGUCAAGAACUCAAGCAAUGUUGCAUUCCCAGCAAAAUUUGAUUUGUCUUCUUAUGUUGCUGAACCAAAAGAUAUUAAUAUGGAUGCUAGAUUACCUUUCAGAAAACAAGAUGAAAGAACAAUAAUAAGUCAACAGUCUUCUGGUAAUGGCGUAGAAGACUAUCCAACCUCCUCAGAGUCACCUAGUUCCGAUAAUAGUCAAAGCUCAGAAUCAACUCCCGGUGAGGAUAUAAACAUGAAGGAAGAUAUCGUCAAUGCUAAUACCGCUAGUACUGACGUAUCAAAUAACUCAAUGAUUACAGAACCAGCCAAUCCAAAAUUGGUUUAUGAUUUGAAAGCGGUGAUUUCCCAUUAUGGUACUCAUAAUUAUGGUCAUUAUAUUUGCUACCGUAAAUUGAGAGGUACCUGGUGGAGAAUCAGCGAUGAAUCAGUAUACGUUGUCACUGAAGAUGAAGUUUUGAAUUCACAAGGUACAUUCAUGAUCUUUUAUGAAUUUAAUGAUGGUUUCAAAGAGAUUUUAGAACCAUUGGGUUCUGAUGAUGAAGAUCAAGAACCAUCGAAUGAGAAGAAGUCCUCUCCACAGGAGCUUGACGAUGAUUCCUCUGAUGAAAAUUCCUCCUCAGAUGACGGUCAAAUGAACAUCAAUAAUACUUCUGCUAAAACUGAUUCACUUGGAAAUACAAUUCCCGAUUCACAAGACGAAGAUGAGUAUGAAAGCUCUGGUUUAAGCGAUGACAAUGCAGUUAAUGCAACUAAAGAUGCCGACUAUAAUGUCGGUGAAGAAAGAGCUUUUCAUAUUUAG